AUGAGAAUCUCAUCAUGGAAUGUCAGGGGCUUAACAGCCCCUGACAAAAGACGCUUGGUAAAAAGGUCUUUGGCCAAGCUAGAGUCUGAAAUGAUCUUACUUCAAGAAACCAAAUUGAAUGGUCAUAAGGUGGCCGAAUUCAUUAAAUUUUGCAAUAAGUGGGAAGGAAUAUUUCAAGACGCAAGAGGAUCUACUGGAGGACUUGGAAUUUUGUGGAACUCAAAGGUUUUCGAGGUAAUCCCAUUAGAGUCCAACAAGUUUUCGAUGGCAUGCAACAUUAUAUACAAACCAGGAGGUUUUGGCUUUCCCCUGUUUAAUAUAUAUGGGCCAAUUAAGAUAGAUGAAAAGCUAAGAGUAUGGUCAGAGAUAUAUGAGCAAUUGCAGCUUUUAGAAAUGCAUAAGGUAAUAUUGGCUGGGGACUUCAAUGCAAUUUUAGAUAUUGAUGACAAGGAAGGUGGGCUGAGGAAGAGCACUAGAGUAAUGGAAGACUUCAGAGAGUUCAUUUCGAACUGUCAAGUGGUGGAUGUUAUUCCGAAGAAUGGUAAGUUCACAUGGACCAAUAGAAGGCUUAACUUUUCUAAAAUUUCUGAAAGAUUAGAUCGCUUUUUUGUGGGGGAAUGGUAG